AUGAGAGCAAAUCCAGAUGAGCCACAGGCUUGUGCGAGAGACGGUUCUGGCGGUGCGAGGGACGAAGCUCUCGCUGUCGAUUACGUGCCUACGUGCUAUUAUCCUGGAGGGAUCUUCGAGGAGCUCCCGGCGUUAGCUCCCGAGUUCCUGCGUUCUCCCGAUUUGAGCGGUCAAGCCUGGGAGAAUGUUACUAAGACUCAGUCAACCCCCAACAGCGUGAAGAGACUUCUGAGGGAACGCCAUGGACUAGGGGUAACUUUCUUGAUUCCCUCGGAACACCAGAGGCAUUGGUCGCCACCGGUUGGGUAUCAGUGUGUUUACAAAUCCUACUUUCGGGACGAUACGAAGCUCUGGUUCCCAAUUCCUCGACUAAUCACAUCGUAUGCGAGGCGCCGUGAUGCAGCGAUAAGUCAGUUCUUGAAUGGUUCGUGGCGUAUCGCGGUGGCCCUGAUGGUUAUGGCUGCUGAAAUUGAUGUCUCAUUGAGCGUUCGUGUCUUCGAGGAGUUGGCGUCCGUCAGCUCGUUAGACGACGGGCUUCUGUUGAUAAAGAUGCGCCCCAGCUACAAUGUGAUAGGAAGGCAUCGUAACAAGACGCCGGAUUGGCAGAGAUCUUAUUUCUUCGUUAAGUGUGAUGACUCUGCUUUCGAAGACCCGCCAGAUGAUGACUGCCGUGUCUUAUGGAACACUUUGCUUGCCGACCAUCCGACUUCUCGUGACUAUCCGGAAGAUUUUCUUUCAAGCGCUCGCGCCGUUGCGGGACUUGUUCAGGAGAAUUGGGGGAAUAUUUCUUGGGAGAGGGUUCACCGUUCGAUCGAUCGUAUUUCCAGGAAAGAUUGGAAUUCGAGUUACCCUCUCUCUGCCAACAAGACUAAGCGGCGGAUCUCGCUAUUCACUAAGGAGGUGCAGAAGAAAAUCAACGAGGCAAGGAAAAUGAGAGGGCUUCCAGAUCUGAGUGCGAUGAUGACGGUUGAGUUAAUCUGCCGAGUGCCGAACUACCUGCGCCUUCCAACGAGAUGGCGAUUGCCGGCACCACCGACGCGAGACCUCAUCAUGAAGAUUCCUCGGCCGAGGAAGGAAGGCAAUCAGCAGCCUCAAGCUGCAGGGAUCGUGAGGCCGCGAGAGACUGAUGUUGCCAAUCCCGUGUAUCGGAGUGAAUCAGCUGGUGAGCCGGCUCUCAACUUAGCCUCGUUGGAUGACCUUGAAGGCGCCUCUCCCGAAGUUACGCUGCGGAAGAAGAAGAAGUCCAAAAAGACGGGUGGUCAAGAGUUGGUCGCUAGUGCUCCAGCUUCGUCGACCCAUGGAACAUCGGCUGUCGGUGCUUCGUCUCGGAAGAGGACUCCGAGGGUUGAGUUUCCCGAUCACGUGUCGUUUGAGUACGACGGUCCCACCCCGCUUAUCUAUGCUCCUUAUAAAUGUGCUGAGUUGGUCAGCCAGAUCAAAUGCGGGCCGAAGCCUCUUCCAUCCGUGUCUGAUUUGAUUUUUAAGGACGAGUACGUCGACGCUGCUCGCACUAAAGUACUGGGUGACGAAAGCAUGAAUUUCGUCGUUGAGAAAUACGACACAGCCUUGAAGGAGACUCGCGAAGCCUUGAGAAAGUCGGAGAAGGCAGUGGCGGCCAAGGGUAUGCUUCUCCGCCGGAAGAAAGUGGAAUGGAGGGAUGAGUUCGUGAGAAUGGCUGAGAAGAGGGAAAGAGCGAUUGCUCGGAAGAAGAUUCAGCGGAAGCGAGCUGUCGCGGCCGAGGCCGAACUCUCUGUCGCUAACGUGACCAUUGCGACUUUGGAGUCUCGGAAGGCCAGUCUGAUGGAAGAGAUGGGGGUCAAAGCCGAAGAACAUAAGAAAGAGUUGGGUCGGCUUAGGGACUCGCAAGUUUAUGAGGUUACGAAGGAGAGGGUGAGAGUUGAGACCGAGAUGAUCACGAAAUCCAACAGGCACUUCGGAAAUUUGCGCGAAUGGUGGACUCGCCGCGCCCCUUUCGACACAGCACGGUUGCUUCUGAGCCAGGCGUUUGGAACCAGGAAAUGUCUUGAGGCUUUAAAGGCUGGUGGUCGUGACAUCCCUCAAGAUGUCAUCGAUACGUUUGCGGCCCGCGAGAAGCAGUUCGAGGAAGAAGCCUCGAAACUUGAUCCCGGCGAGAUCCCAGAGGUUGACUUGACUCUUUCUCCACUUCACCUCGAUUCUCAGUUCGUCGAUAUGCGAACCUUUGUGGGCCUUGACCCAUAA